AUGAUUAGCUUUAAAAAAGGCUAUAAGAAAAAUCGUCCUCGUCAGGGCGAAUCACAAUGUCUUCAGAUCCUCCAGUGGAAUGCUGGCGGAAUGUCUCCGGACAAAAAGAUCCAAAUACAGAAAAUCCUACAAAUCUAUGAUGUAGACAUUUUCACAAUUAUGGAAGCAAACAUUUCGGAAGACAAACUGAAGUACUACCAAUUCCCAGGUUACACCCUGUACAAUCUACCUAAAUACCGGCAAGUUGCAAGUGGAAUUCUAACUGGAGUAAAAGAAGGCCUCACCUCACACUACGACCUAAUCAAGAGUAUGGGCUCGACACAAGACAAAUGUGAAAUGAUCAGAUUAAAUGUUUGGAAAUGUCAAAACCACUUCAAGAUAUAUGCAGUCUAUAAUCCACCCCAGAAUUGUCCAAACUUUGACUUUCUGAACAUCUCACACAAAACUAUAGUACUAGGAGACUUCAACGCCCAUUCCAACAGAUGGGGCUACAAGGAUACAAACAUAGUUGGAAAGGAAAUUGAAGACAUGCUAAACAGCAACCCUCUGGAACUUAUUUACAGCAACGAGGAUCCGGCUACAUAUUUGCACUACAAUGGAACCAGAACAACUCCUGAUUUACUCUUGGCUUCAAGCGACAUCAGUGAGCAUACACGCCGCAAAAUCAUUGACAAUCCUGGUUCUAGUCACAAACCAGUUAUUGCUGGGUGUGGUCAUCGGUUGACAAUCGGUUGUCACAAUCGUCUCAGUCCAAUAGCCUCUUUCUCUGCACAAGAAAACAUCCGCCAGUUUCAAUGGUUGUUCGUACGAAGGAAAUAA